AUGGUAUUCAGCAACCUUCACAGCGUCGAAGGACAGACCGACGACGACGACGACGACGACGACGACGACGACGACGACGACGACGACGACGACGACGACGACGACGACGACGACGACGACGACGACGACGACGACGACGACGACGACGACGACGACGACGACGACGACGACGACGACGACGACGACGACGACGACGACGACGCGUAA